AUUACCUUCUCUUUUCUACAAGAUAUUACUCUUGGAGACGUGCUGCAGACGGCACCCUUCGGGCAAACCCUCCUUGUUGUAACCUUGUAUGGCUACCAGCUGCAACAAAUGUUCGAACACUCUGUUGGAAACUACAGCUACGUCAACAGAAAAGGACAAUUUCUUCAAGUGUCUGGAAUACGCGUUGCGUACAACUUAAGCUCACCGCCGAACAAUCGAGUUGUGUCGAUUGACAUACUAUGUACACAAUGUAAGGUACCUGUCUAUCAGCCAUUGGAAGAGUGCACCAUUUACAAAAUCGUCACAACUGAUUUUGUGGUCAGAGGCGGAGAUGGAUUUCAGAAGGCGACGAACGCUACUGAUUCAGGUCCUGUGGAUUUCGAAGUUCUUAAAGAUUACAUCAAGAAAAUGUCUCCAAUAAAGACCCCCGUAGAAGGACGUAUCACGAUAUACGGGAAUGUAACCACGAGUAAUGCGACAGUUGUGAAGACCAGCUGAGUAUCCAGUGUCACGCGCCCGACAAGAUGAUGAAGGUGCAGCGAAAAGGAACAACGAAUGUAUCACUCAUCUUUGUGAAUAAACCACGCGGGUUCAUUCGGUGUGUGUAAAAGGAAUAAACUUUAGACCAAAAAGAAACUCAGUGCC